CCAUUUUCAAGUACUGCCGAUAAAUACCGUUUUCAGUGGUCAAGCGUCAGCAUGAAGAUGCACCUUUAUGUAAUUUUGUGUGCGAUGGCCCAUAGUUGGCGACAUUGUUGCCAAGUAAAAGAAGAAGUGCUUUUAUCCGUUUCAUAAUAACGACAUUGGUUAUGUACACAUUUCACUUAUUAACAAGCUGUGUCCAAAUGUGAAUUAGCCACGUCCAUACGAUAUCAAUCUUUCCCGCAACGACGUGAAACAACUCGCAACUAAAAUGCGCUCUGUAAAUCAUCCGAAAUGUUUUACGUCACCUUUACGCGGUGACCGUUUGUCCAGGUUAGGAUGUGAAGGAUGCUCAUGAAAGGCCUGAACAAACGAUCGUGGCUGCUUUCAGUAUUAAUUCGGAUCGCUUGAAUCGCCACUAUUCGAUCCAACGGCUUGAUUUUGAGCUACGCCACCGGCCGAUUCCGAAAACCCAAUUCUCCAUCACACGAAUACAAGUAUACGAUCGAAAGAGGAGCGGUCUCGUUCAGAAAAUUAAGGGACGAAAAAAAGGGAAGAGUUGCCCUCGGAGUCGUAAAUAUUUUCACAUGUUAGUUUGGCAUUCGCAACAACUUUGACCAAAUAUGAAGCACAGUUCUCGGUCAGAAUCAAUAGUAUGAAGCUACACACAUGUCUGCUAUACGUCUCUGUGUUACUUUGGCUCUGCGUCUCUUGUGGGUCAAACCGUGAUUAUCCGGGCGGCAGCUCUGAAGGGUAUGGUGACAGCGAACGUAUCGCGGAAUCUCCGCAACGCGAGGAACCCGGGUCCUCGGACUCCUCUUGCCACAACGUCCGACAAGUCCAGGUCGCAUUUUCCUCUAGUAUAGUCGAGAAUGAGUAUAUAAUCAAAUUCAACGGCUACUAUAGAAUACACGCGCGAGAGAAUUACAUAGGAUCUGUCCUGAACUCGUCCAACGUUAAGAACUGGAGGAUCAUACCGCGUAACAAUGCUGCGUCCAUGUAUCCCAGCGACUUUGAUAUCGUACACUUAAGCGAAACUGACAAGCAUGAGGGGCUUAGAGCUUUGAGUAAUCACCCUCUGGUAAAGACCGUGCUACCGCAGAGACUUAUACAUAGAACUCUAAAAUUUAUCAACAGGACGUCGACCCAUUCUGAUGACGUCUUAGCACGUAGAAGCUCCAGAAGAAGAAUCAACGAUCACAACGUUCAGCCUGGACAAUCAACGAACCGACACACAUCUCGAAAAUUAUUGCGAGCUAUACCGAAGCAAAUCACGUAUAUGCUUGAAGCUGAUGUGCUGUGGCGAAUGGGUAUUACUGGGAAAGAUAUAAAAGUAGCGAUAUUCGACACCGGACUUGCUGCUAGUCAUCCGCAUUUCAAGAAUAUCAAGGAAAGGAUAAACUGGACAAAUGAAAACACUCGGGAGGACGGCCUGGGCCACGGGACGUUUGUAGCCGGUGUUAUCGCAUCCUCCUCCAGAGACUGUUUCGGCUUCGCUCCGGAUGCGGAUCUGUAUAUCUUCCGCGUUUUUACGAACGCUCAGGUAUCUUACACCUCGUGGUUCUUGGAUGCGUUCAAUCAUGCCAUAUUUCGCAAGGUAACGGUGUUAAAUCUGAGCAUUGGUGGUCCAGAUUUUAUGGACCAACCGUUCGUCGAUAAAGUAUGGGAGGUGACAGCUAAUGGUAUCAUUAUGGUGUCAGCGAUCGGCAAUGAUGGACCUUUGUAUGGCACUUUAAACAAUCCUGCCGACCAAAUGGAUGUCAUUGCUGUCGGGGGCAUCAAUUGGGACGACCAGAUAGCGAGAUUCUCCUCACGCGGUAUGACCACGUGGGAACUACCUUAUGGAUACGGUAGAAUCAAACCUGACCUAGUCAUAUACGGAUCGGGGGUAAGAGGGUCCGCUUUGCAGAGUGGAUGUAGAAGCCUCUCUGGCACCUCCGUUUCUAGUCCCGUCGUUGCCGGCGCGGUCGCGCUAUUAGCUAGUGCGUUUGUAGAAACAAACGGAUCUAAAAUUAAUAAAGAGAAGGUGACGCCAGCAAGUAUGAAACAAGCAUUAUUGAGUUCAGCCCGUCGCUUACCUGGGAUUGGUAUGUUCGAGCAGGGCGCAGGAAAAUUAGAUCUCUUGCGGGCAUUUCAUUUUUUACAGUCGUACACUCCUAUCGUUACACUCCAUCCAAGUUAUAUAGAUUUGACGGAGUGCCAAUAUAUGUGGCCAUACUGUACUCAAGCUAUAUACUACACUGGUAUGCCCACAAUAGUCAAUGUAACUAUAAUAAAUGGUUUGGGCGUGGCUGGAAAUGUGGUAAAUCUCACUUGGCAUCCGUACGUCGGCAACGGCAAUGGUGAGCACAUCGAUGUGGCGAUAACGCACAGCGAUGUCUUGUGGCCGUGGUCUGGCUGGUUAGCAGUUGCCAUAACGGUCCCGUCGACAUCCCACGACUGGCAGGGUAUCGCGCAAGGUCACAUCUCGCUUACGGUUGAGAGCGAUGGCGCAGGUAAGCCACGACAAUCAACAGUUACGCUUCCGUUGCAAGCGAAGGUCAUACCAACACCUCCUAGACAUAAACGCAUCUUGUGGGACCAAUACCACAACUUGCGAUAUCCACCCGGAUACUUUCCUAGGGAUGAUUUGCGCGUGAAGAAUGAUCCCCUUGACUGGAAUGGAGAUCAUAUACAUACUAACUUUAAAGACAUGUAUCAACAUUUACGUAAUGCCGGAUAUUAUCUUGAGGUGCUCGGCUAUCCGUUCACUUGUUUCGACGCAAGAAAUUACGGGACCCUGCUCAUCGUAGAUACGGAAGAGGAAUUUUUCCCUGAAGAAGUGGCAAAGCUAAAACGCGAUGUGGAAGAGGACGGUCUAUCAGUAAUUGUAUUUGCAGACUGGUACAAUAUAGCAGUCAUGCGAAAAAUCAAGUUUUACGACGAGAAUACCCGUCGAUGGUGGAUACCCGAAACGGGAGGCGCCAAUAUUCCAGCCAUAAACGAUCUGCUUUAUCCUAACUGGGGUGUGGCAUUUGGCGACGAAGUACGAAACGGUCAGUUCACCCUUGGCCAGCAUGCGCCAGUCACAUUCGCGUCUGGCACUACACUAACUAGAUUUCCGAAGGACGGAAUCGUUCUGUAUGCCGAGUUAUACGACCAGGGUCAAGAGCUUCUGGAGAAAGAAUCAGGGGUACUUAAACUUGUACCGAUACUCGGACUUUUACAAGUGACUAGUAAGAAGGAUGUUAAAAUGACACAUAAUAAGAUCAAUAAUGAGAUCGGUCAAGCGGAUCAGAAUGACGAAAAGCAUCAUGCCAAAGAACAGACGAGUACGUCCGGUAGACUCGUUGUUUAUGGAGAUUCAAAUUGUAUCGAUGAUAGCCAUUUGCAAAAAUCCUGUUUUUGGAUGCUCGAUGCUAUCUUAGAAUACACAACGACAGGAUAUGUACCUACUGUUUUCACGGAUGAAAAUCAGGGGAAACACAUUGCUGUUAAAACAGCCAAUAAUAUAGAGAUUGGAGAAUUGCCACGUCGAAUGAAGGAAAACCAUUUUAGUCGUCACAGUAAAGUGUUAAUGACUAACGAGCCAGCAGGCAGUUUCAGAUCUCUUCCAUUAUGCAUCACCCCUAUAUAUGCCGUGCCGAUACCAGUUAACGAAUCUGUGCCAAUAGAACUUUACAAACCUCAGAAGUUGCUCUCUAUAGGAGAUACCAUGAAUGCAGUAAAUUUAGUGCUGCAGGAUACGGACACUUUGUGGCUUAAGAGACGAGUCGGUGGCGCUAGUAUUUCUACGUUGCAACAUCUCGAUACUGACAUCUUGGCUUAUGAUACGAAAGAAAAUCAGGGAGACGAACAAACGAUCGUACACCAAUGGAGUUACGUAAUAAUAAUAGUUGUUAUAGUGAUAGUUGUCGUGUAUCUGUGCAAUCAUUUAGGACUGAACAGACAUUCGCGCAGAAAACGUGCUAUCCUCAGAAUAUUUAGAGCCAUCCGAGCAUUGGUUGUGCGUAGGAUACCUGCGCAAAUGUAACCUGAUAAUUUCGCGAGAACUAUUACUGUUAUUACGCUAUUAUAUUGUACAUAAAAUAUUUAAAAUCAUGUUUUUAGGAAGUUAGAUAUAUUUAAAUUCCAGACUUGUAUGCAAAUUAGAUAUGUGCCUUGAAAACGUACAGUACGUCACGUGAAUUUAUAAUUAUAUAAAUUAUUUUGAUAUAAAACAAA